AUUGGGAAGGAAUAAUAAAAUAACUAACAAAUGCAAGCAACUAAAGAACACAAUGUUGAUGUUGAGGAACAGAAAGACUAUGUAACAGUAUCUAGCCAGGAUAUUGUCACUGAAUCUAACAUAGAUCAAAGUCAAGUCCAUCAGUUAGAAGAGACUAAGAAAGCUCCAGCUAAGGCUGUCCAGCCUUGGGAGAGCCUAAUUUUUGAUGAAGACGAGGAAGAAUUCUCUGGGACAAAUAAACUAGAUUUUAUUUCAAAAACUAUGUUGGAAGGAGUCCAGAACAUAGAGAUGAUACCCCCAGCUGGUGUCAAAGAAAUGAGUGCUGUUAAAAAGCCAGUUGAGGUAUGCACCAAGGUAUUUGGAGCUCUCCUAGCAGCCUUUGGAGAGAAAUAUGAUUCAUGGGAUGACGCCAGAGCACUUCUUAGAUCGAAAACUUUGCUGAAAGAUUGUUUGAACUAUGAUAAGGCAAAUAUUGAGUUCAAGACUUGUAAGAAGAUUCAUGAAUAUCUCAAAGAGGUUGAGUCUUCAAAGGCCAAAGCUGCGAGUUACGCAACGCUUGGAUUUUAUCUUUGGUUAAAAGGAAUAGUCUACUUUGGAAUUUAUAGAGGACUCUCUGGUGAGGAUCCAUCAUCACUUAUCAAGAGUCCUUCUGAAGGUAGUAAUUCUCCUAGUCUUAGCAAGGAGGAGACAAAGUCUCCUCCUUGUACUAGUCCUGAGGCAACUCCUUCCUCAUCAUGGGAAGACUUGAUCUUUGAUGAUGAUCAGGAAGAGUUUGCAACUGCUGAUAAGGAAGAGUUUGUCAUGAAAAUACUUUCAGCUGCAGCUGAAAGUAUUUCAAAGAUAAACAGACAGCAGAUUACAGAACUUAAAUCUUUCUCUAAACCGCCAGCCACUGUGAAGACUGUGUUGAGCGGUUUGGUAAUCACCUUUGGGAUCAGGAAUCUCAGUUGGGAAAAUAAGAAAAAGUUCUUGAAUAAACCAAUGAAGGUCUUAGAGUUAAUGAAGAACUAUGACAAAGACAAUAUUGAUUACUUUACUUGCAAGAAGAUCAGUAAGAAGAUUGGAGAGUUGAGUUCGCCUCAAGUUUCAAAAGUGAGCCUUUGUGCUUCUGGGUUCUUUAACUGGCUUAGAGCUAUUGUGUAUUACAGAGUCUUAAGAGCCUUGAAUAAUAAUGAACCAAUUCCAACUAGAAGUAUCCCUCAGAAGGAGGCUUCUAAAGAAGAAACUAAAUCAGUAGUGAUGCCAAAGGAAGAAGAUAGUUCUACUGACAGAGUAGUAAAAGACAAUCCUAGUACAUGGGAAGACUUAUUUAUCUUUGGUCCUGAAGAAAAGCAUUUAGGUCCUAAUAGUCUUGAGCUUGUCAAGGAAUCCCUUGAUAAUUUUGACAUUGGUCUUACAAUAGCUGAUAUAACAGAGCUUAAAUCCCUGUCCAGACCUCCUGUCGUAGUUACCAAAGUUCUAAAUGGAGUUAUGGCUGCUUUCCUCGUCAAAACUGAGAGGGGUAAAACUCAAUAUGAUUGGGCUCAUAUCAAAAAAUUCAUCAAUCAAAUAGGGUUUCUCAGAAAUUUAAUCCAGUUCGAUGCAGACAAUAAUAUUGACUUCAUUGCAUGCAAGAAGAUUUACUCUCAUAUUAAGGACCUGCAUUUAGGAUCAGUUAAAUGCGUAUCGAAGUGUACUGCUGGGUUUUAUAUGUGGCUUAAGAAAAUUGUUAACCAAAGAGUUUACCAGGCAUUGACCAAUGAAGAGCUAGUUCCAGAAAAUACACCUAAGAAGAAAAGUCCAACUAAAGCAAUCUCCAAGCCUGCUACUGCACACAGCUCCAAACCAAGGAGAAGAGCAGAGGCUAAGGAAGAGAGCAAGACUGAUUUUAAGUCAUGGGAAGAUUUAUUCCUCUUUGGUCCAGACGAGAUGAAGCUUAACACUGAAAACUUAGAAGAAGUCAAAACUGUAAUUGAUGAAUAUCAAGUUGAGUUUAAUACCAAAGAUAUUCAGUUCAUCUCUUCUCUUGCAUGCCCACCAUUGGCUGUUUCUAAAGUGUUCACUGCAGUCAUGGAGGCUUUAGGAGAGAGGGAUAAAUCUUGGAAAGCAAUCAAAUCUGCCAUUAAAAGAAGAAACUUUGAACAGUUGAUCUCAGAAUAUGAUUAUGAUCAAACAAAUGUUGAAACUCUCACUAAGAUUCAUUCUCAAAUGUCAGGUCUGACCGAGAAGAAGGUCAAAGCAACUAGUGAAGCAUCUUUAUCCCUAUUUACAUGGUUGAAGAAGGUGGUUAACUACAGAGUCCACCUUGCCUUAGUAUCUAAGGAACCUUUGAUUAGCUGUUAAGCAUCAAUAAUCCUCAAAUUUCAUCAAUU